GGCCAAGCACGAGUUAAGCCGUGCUACGUCUGCUGACUUGGGUCGCGAUUACUGGUCGGGCGCCGCGCGCUGCCACGACAAGGCCUUUGUGUCGCAUCCUGAACCGGCCCCUCACCGAAAAGCGAUCUGCUGGCUGCUGCCUUUGUCAGGCACCCAAUUGCCACCCCAAAACAAAGAAACAAAAAGACAGGCUCUCCUCUUUAUCCCAGGCCAGAGCCGCACGACCCAUUCUUCUCCUCUUCAGUCCCGAGCAUCCAACCCAGACCUGGUGCGGUUUCAUCAACUGCGUAUAACCCGACUCCGUCCAGUCACCAUGGAAUCAUCACAGAGCUCAACCCCAAGCCGCGCCCCGCAGCCUUGCGCGCUCGCCCCCGACUUCCCCGACCCGGCCGCCGACGAGAUGGACCUGGCGAGCCAGCCAUGGAUAGCCGCCACCGUCAUUGAAGACGACGAUUUGAUGUUCGGCGGCAAGCCGCUGUGUGCGUGGUAUGAGGAGGACAGGCAGCGGCUGAGCUCCUCCGUCGACGAGGAGGAGACCCGCGGCCGGCAGCGCGAGCGCCCCCGGGUCGACAGCCAAACCGAUCACCAUCACCACCGCCACCACCACCACCAUCGUCAUCAGCAUCAGCACAAUCCGCUCGCAGAUAACCACCAACAUCACCACCAUCGCAGCACAAAGUCCAAUGAGCUAAAGGCUUAGCGGCUCACCUCCGCUUCCGCCUCCCCAUCUUCCACGGCCCAUUCGCCCGACCGGGAGCCAUCUGACAGGCCCCACCUCCCUGUCCAGAGGAAGUGCGGCUGCCGUCAGCCACAUGCAGCCCAAUGA